AUGUCAGUGAAGGAGCUUCUCUGUCAUGUUCCUGCUGAGCUUUCCAAAACUCCUGAAGCUAAAGGAGAGCACACAGAGGAAGAGGAAGCCAUGACGCUGGAAUCGAUAACUUUAGCAAAAGUCAUGGAGGGAUUCGGAGGUCUUGAAGAUCUGUUAGAAACAAGGAAUGCACUGGAGGAAGGAGCUGAGGCACUCGCCAAAGAGGAGGAGAUGAGAGUUGAGACCACACAAGAGGACGUUGUUGUUUACGAGGACACGUCAGAGGAAGACAUUUUAACAUUAGAGUCUAUCUCUGAAGCUACAGAUGCAAUAGAAGCUGAGACCGCUGUCAUGCUGGAGGCCAUACUUGGUCUUAAACAAGCAGCGAGGCAGCACGAAGAAUGGCAAAAUGGUGAAUCUAUUGUCCAGGAAGCAGAAAAGGAGUCCGUAGAGAAGCAAGCGAGCGCGUUGGAGGCUAUGGCUGAAGUUGAGGCGUCUCUGGAAACGCUGGAGAACGAGUCUCUGAGCGAAGCCACCGAUAGUCUGCAGAGAGAAGCUGAUUGUGGAGAGAUGGAGGAUAUGGAGGCUAUGGAGGCUAUGGAGGCGACUGAGACCCUGAAGAUGUCUGAAGAUCUGCAGAGAGAUGUCCUGACGGAGAAGCGGUUCAUUUCUGUUUCUGGACACGAGGAAGGAGUAGGCCCUGUUGGUCAGGAGGUCAUAAGAGCGGAUAUUUUGGAGGACUCCCCGGUAGCAGUGCCGGUGUCGUGUGCGGCCUUGUUUCCCAUGGACCUCAGGGUGGGAGAGCGGGGGAUGCGCCCUGGAUCGGACACGGCGCUCCUCACCCCUCUGCACCCGCCUCUACUCCUCACCCCCUUCUCCCCUCAGCCCCGCACCUCCUUCUCACAACAGCAACUGCACCAGCACAUUCGGUUUAAUAUGGAGCAGAGGAGGCGAGAGCAGGAGCACCACGAGAAACAGCAUGAGCUUCAGCAGCUAAAGCACAAAGACAAGAGUCAACAGAGUGCAGUCGCUAGUUCCCUGGUGAAACAGAAGCUGCAGGAAGUGAUUCUUAAGAAGCAGAAACAGGCGCUGGAGAGAACAACCUCCAACACGCUAAAUGGAACUCCUAUUGCUUACAGAAAGCUGGGCCCAGACCCCAGUUUGUCCUCCCAGGGCCCGGGCUCCUCUCCAUCUCAGCCUUCUGAGGGAUCAGAACGGACGCCACUGCGCAGAGCAGCGUCAGAGCCCAAUCUGAAGGUGAAACACAAGCUGAAGAAACACCUAAACACACGCAAGAGCCCACUCACCCGCAAAGAGAGCGCUCCAGCCACUGUGAGGCACCGAGUGCCUGACACACUGGACUCGUCCCCCAGCAGCAGCAGCACUCCGGCCUCCGGCUGCAGCUCCCCCAACGACAGCCUGCCCAAUGAGAACGGGAUGCUGCCCUCUGCAGGCGGCCUCUCGCAUGAGGCGCAGAGGCUGCUACUCAGAGACGGCACUCUGGCUAACUUCACCAUCCAGAGUCCCUCCACACUGCCCACCAUCACACUGGGACUGCCAGCCAAUGCCAGGGCUGAAGGAGAGAUGUCCUCUCUCAGGCUGGGCCGUGUGCCCGUAGUUACAGCCGGGGGCUCAACGGUCUACCUCCCCCUGAGCAGAGAGGACCAGGCUGGGCAGCUGAACCCUCAUCUGCCUGUCAUCAUCCUGGAGUCCUCGGGACUGGUACACACUCCGCUUCUCACAGUUCAAGGCUUAGACUCCGUCCCACUACAGUUCGCCCCCCAGUUAGAUCACAUGGCCUCUGGAGGCGCUCAUCCUCACAAGCCCCUGAGCCGAACACGCUCGGAGCCCCUCCCCCAGAGCACGCGGACCCUUCACUCACAUCUCCUCCAACAGCAGCACAACACACAACUACUGGAGAGGCUAUCUCACCUGGGCAAGCUGAUGUCUAAGUCCAGCGAGAAGCCCCGGCUGCAUCAGAUCCCCUCUGAGGACAUGGACUCAGAGGACGGCGGAGAGACGCCACCCACAGAGCCAAAUUAUCAGAGCAGAGUGAGGGCGGAGUCCCUGAGGGAGGCGGAGUCAACAGCAUCCAAGAGCCAGGAAGAGCAACUGAACCUGCAACAUGCACUCAUACUCAACCAGUCGUUGCUGUGGGAGCAGCAGAAGCAGCUGCAGCAGCUGCAUCGACAGAUGGAGACCCUGGCAGUGCCCAUGUUACGCGGCGGUGGGGGGGUUGGCAGUGGGUUGGGGCUCCAUCGCCCCCUGUCACGUACACAGUCAUCCCCGGCCUCCACCUGUCUUACUCUGCCUGAGAAAACCCUGAGCCUAACUGCACAGGAGACCAGCAGCAAAACACGCUUCACCACCGGCCUGGUUUAUGACUCUCAGAUGCUGAAGCACCAGUGUACAUGUGGAGACAACAGCAGUCACCCAGAGCAUGCUGGGAGGAUACAGAGCAUCUGGUCCAGACUGCAGGAGAGAGGCCUGAGGGGGCAGUGUGAGACUAUUCGUGGUCGCAAAGCCACUCUGGAGGAGCUGCAGUCGGUCCACACUGAGCGCCACGUGUUGCUCUACGGCACCAACCCGCUCAACAGGCUCAAACUGGACAACCGCAAACUGGCCGGAAUCCUCUCUCAAAGGAUGUUUGUGAUGUUACCAUGUGGGGGAGUAGGGGUUGAUAAUGACACCAUCUGGAACGAGUCGCACACUUCAACGGCGUCACGCAUGGCAGCAGGCAGCGUGGUGGAGCUGGCCAUCAGAGUGGCCAAAGGAGAGCUAAAGAACGGCUUUGCUGUGGUCAGACCGCCAGGGCAUCACGCAGACCCCUCCAAUCCUAUGGGUUUCUGUUACUUCAACUCUGUGGCCAUAGCCGCCAAGCAGCUCCAACACAAGCUCAGCGUCAGCAAGGUCCUCAUCGUGGACUGGGAUGUUCACCAUGGAAACGGCACCCAGGAAGUGUUUUACAAUGACCCCAGCGUUCUCUACAUCUCACUUCAUCGCUACGACAAUGGAAACUUCUUCCCUGGCAGUGGGUCACCAGUGGAGGUUGGGUCUGGAGCAGGCCAGGGCUUCAAUGUGAAUGUGGCAUUCACAGGAGGCCUGGACCCCCCCAUGGGAGAUGCUGAUUACCUCGCUGCAUUCAGGGUGUGUUUGGCUCCAAUAAAGUUUCAGCAGUGUGGGCUCUUUGGUCGUCUGGUGCAUGACCGCAAGGUUACUGGAAAAGUCGCAGACGUACAGAAAUGGGUGUAA